AUGGAAAUUACCGAAGAAUUUGGCGGCGAUCAUAAUACUGCAUGUCACAAACCCAGGUUUGUAAAAAAAAAAACUUGGUAUUUAUUAUGAAUGAUAAUAUUGUUAUAUUUUUUCUCGUAACUUAAAUGUUAAACUUAAUUUUAACAAAUGCAGUGAAAGAAUAAAUUUCGGAGAGGGGAGGAUUGACUCCCUAACUCAUUAUCAUAUUAUACUCGUAUUAUAAUACAUAAUGAUUACAAAUAAUUAUUAUUUUCAGUUAUAUUAAUUGUUUAUAUACAAAGUGAUUCAAAAUGUAUGUUACAGCCAUUUUAUCAAGUAAAUAUUCAAAAUAGGAAAAAAUGUACAACACAAAAGAUUUUCGAUUUAUAAAGAACUAAAAUACUUAAUAAAUUUUAAAUUCUGAGUGUAGCGAGGAAUCUAUUGGUUUUACUAUGAUGUGUACCUCUAUUUAUGUUUUUAAUUUUCUGUCUAUAAACAAAUUUUUACCUAGAAAUCUUACUCCAAUCAAAACAUGACAAGAGACCUUAUUUUUAGUAUUUUAACUUUAGUUGGUACUUUAGAAAGGUUUUUUUUUUUUUAAAUUCUCAUUAACAUUCGAAAAAUGAGGAAAAACUGGUUCCUUAGGUUAAAAAAGAUUAAACGAUUAAAAAUAAUGUUGUCAUUGGCAACCGUUUUUAUUUAUUUUUUGUUAUUAUUUUAAUCUUAAUCUUUUUUAAACAAUUAUUGUUGUCGUGAAAAAGUACAUUGUUAAAAAAGCAACACUAUUGACCGAGCUCUGCUCAGAAUCAUUUUUCGUUAGCAAUGAUUAAUCAUUGCAUACAGAUAUAAAUUAAGUUCCUCUCUAUAUCCUAUCCUACCAACUUCCCACCUGCAACAGUGGUCGUACUCGUCUCCAGUAUCAGCUCUUUUUUAAGGGGUUUUGGGGCCAAUUUUGAAUUUCAAAUGAGAACUUAUAGGUUUAACAUUCUAUGAAGAGAUUGAAUGUUAGUUUAAAGUUUAAAUAUAUUUUGAUGUUGAUAUUUUUGAUCAAGUUGACGAGAUAUUCCACUUUUAAGACGGAAAGUAAAACCUGCAAUAGGGGCGUAGGUAGCCUUUUAUACAACACUUACAUAAUACAUUUAUAUUAUUUAUUCAAAAAGUGGACUAAAAAUUGCUAACACAAACAAAUUAAUUGAAAAAGUUCAAACAAUAAGUUGUACUAAAAUAAAAUAAUUUAAAAUUGAUAACAUUUAUUGGUUAGAGUAAGAUUAUUAGUUAAUUGUGCUAGUUUUCAGCGUAUCCUUGAGAAAAAAAACACCUUGGUACCACUGCUGGGUAAUGAAUUUCCCAGUGUACUUUAUUAUCUUAGACACUCCCAGGAACUUAUCAGAGAGGGGCCUAAUAAAAUCAAACACCAAAAAGUACUUAAAAUUAUAUUUGAAAUUUUGAAGUCCAGGGGUGGGCAGAUGCCCCAUCUUGCCUCCCUCUCUGGGCGACCAUGCUUACGAUGACGUGGUUUUUCAUUCAACCAUAUAAAAACAGCUGCUUGUGGAUUAAAUAUUUCGAUACCGAUGGCAUAUUUAUUUUUACAUAAAAACAAUAAUCAACUGUGCAAGAAAGACCGACCAGAAGUUUUUAAUAAACUAUAUUAUGAAUUACCGGACCAUGGUUAAGGUUUAUGCUUUUCAUGCCUAUAUAAUUGAUAACGGACAAGUAAUUUUCAAUUUAAUAAUUGGAAUUAAAAAAUGAAAAUAUAUUUGUGUUGAAAUCUCAAAUUACUGUUAUUUCUAGAAUUAAAACUUAUAUGCCCAUUACAAAACUCAGUAUACACAUUUGUAAUUCAGAGAACACACUAUUUUAAGCCCUGCAAUAUAUUAAUAUACGUCAAAAAAUUAGAAAAGAAUGAUUUUUUACGUUGUAGGUAUAAUGUUAAAUCUAGCAUAAGUAAUCAAAGUAAUAUUUUGUAUUACAUAGUCUACCUACACAAUUUAAAUGAUAACAUUAUAUAAAUUUGGUUUUAGAAUAACAAAAGAAUCAUUGAAGGACCUUUGCAAACAAAAAAAAUUAUAUAUUAUUCCUAGUCAUAAUGACGUACUGUACCUUCACUUUAAAGGUGUGUAAAAGAUUUAAUUAUGUAGGUCAGUCGUACCAACACUUUAAGUAAAAAUGCUAAAUAUAUUUUGAUUACAAAGUAUAUUUGUAUUUUUUUUUCUUUAGGUUAUUUAAAAAUUGAAAACUUGGAGGAAUACACUGGACUCAAAUGUCUGUGGCUAGAAAACAAUUGUAUAUCGACUAUAUCUGGACUGGACAGUCAAAAAGAACUUGUUAGUUUAUACAUGCAUCACAAUGCAAUAUCUAAAAUAGAGAAUCUAGAUGUUUUGGUCAAUCUCCAUACGAUAAAUUUAAGUCAUAAUUUCAUUAAAACAAUUGAAAAUUUAGGUGAGCACAUACUUUUAGUCAUACAAUAUUAAGAAAAUAUUAUAUUUUCAACAAAUUUCAGAUACAUUGCCGGUUCUUAAUACAUUGAUAAUAUCCCAUAACAAAUUUUCCAAAGCUAAUGAUAUUGUCCAUUUGGCUAAUUGCAAAACUUUAUCCAUCCUUGAUUUAUCGCAUAAUUAUUUGGACGAUCCAGAAAUUGUAGAAGUAAAUUGUUCAAUCAUUAUAAUAUAAUAACCUAUAGUCGUUAUAAUGCAUUUAUACAUUUGGUCUAUUAAUUUUUUUAGAUAUUUAGCAAGAUGGAAUCUUUGCGCGUUUUGACGUUGACAGGAAACAGCGUUAUUUCAAAGAUAAAAUAUUACCGGAAAACAUUAACUUUAAAAUGUGUAAGUUUUUUAGUUACAUUAAUAUAAUUUAUUUUAUGCAAAUUUUUUUUGUUGCGUACAAUUAACCGAACUGAAAGGUUUAAAACUUAUACAUUGAUAUGUAUUUUAGUACAAAAUAUUUGUGUUUUCGUUCUAUUAUAGAAAGAACUUCGUUAUUUGGAUGAAAGACCAAUAUUUAAAAAGGAUCGAAUGUGCGCAGAAGCUUGGUUAGUAAUUAUUAUUAUAUAGUAUAGUAUAGUGUUUUAUACCUAUAUAUGUAUUAUAAAUACGUUUAACAAUAAUUCGAUUAAAAAUAGCAUAUACAAAUCGAAACUUUCAAUAGUAAAACAAAUUUGUUUUAAAUGUCCAGGAGUACUGGCGGAACUGAAGCUGAACAAGCCAUGAGAACAAAAUUAAACGAAGAAGAUCAAAAAAAUAUUUUAGAUUCCGUGAACACGCUAAUGGGAUUGCGACGACGAAAAGAACACAUUCAAAUUACUCCUGCAGGCGACACGACCGACAAUCUUGAUGGAGUCAAUAAUGAUAAACAUACCACCGUCACUGAUACCGUAAUAGUUUCUAAAGAUUAUUACGAAGAACACGAUUCUUCAGACGAAUCUACCGAUGAAUCGGUGAAAUCAACUAGCGAUAGUGAAGAUUAUAGUGAUCAUUUAGAACGUUCUCAAAAACGACAACUUCAACAACUAAGUACUCGUACCAUUGUAGAAAUCGAUGGCUGUAAUGUCGUCCACGGUGUAGAUGAUCGUCAAACUGUCAAUAAUCAUCUAUCUGAUGGGAAAAACGGAAGUAUAAUAAAUAACGAAGUUAAUGAAUUUGAUAAUUCAGUUAGAAGUGAAAAAGAUAGUAAUACUGACGUGGUUUUAAUCAACGAAAAUAAUGAAAACGAAGAUAACAGUUUAAUACAAAAUCAACAACAAAAUACUGAUAUUACAAUUACAAAUAGUGCACUCUCAAAUGUCAACAAUUUUGAAAAAUGUAAAAUUGAAGACAUAAUUGUAAAACAAAGUACUGGAGCCUCUGGAAGUGAUAGUUCUUUAAGCUUGGUGCAAACCGGUAAAACUUCAAAAGUUUUGUGCACAAAAGGUUUACAUAGUUUUGAAAUUAUACCAAAUACAGACGACGAACUUGGCUUACCAACUGUAACGGCCAUAACUGAACCAGAUCCAAAUACCGAAGAACUUUCUAUUUGCCUUCCGUGGAAACAAUUCUAUUUAAAUGAAGAUGAAUAUUACAUUAAGAAAAUGUCUGAAUAAAAUCAUCAUUAUAGUAGAAACAGAAACUAAUUUAAG